AUGUAUAGAGCAUGUUCAUUGCUAAAAUCUCAGAGAGUAUCAACUCUUUUGAGACAAUCGACUUUGUCGUCGAUGGUAAAUAAUAAUGGACAGCAACAACAGCAACGUGGUUACUCUAGUAGUAAAAAGACAUCGAAAUUCUCAUUGGAUUUCGAGGAUGACGAGGAUUUGGUGAUCGAUACACGUAUCCAAGAGAAGAAGCUGGAGAUCAAGAAAGAAGAGGAAAUCGAUAUCGACGAUAUGAUUGCAAAUACCACGUUGAAAGAGUUGAAGUUGAUGCGUUGGACCGAAAACUACGAAGCAUUGGAGUUGGCAAAGCGUGAGAACGUCGAUCUCCACGAUAUUUUCACUCCCGACGAAACAACAGAGGAAGUACAAGCGAAAAUCGCUGCACAAGAGAAUGCUGAACUGAAAGGAUCGAAAUUCCAAUCGGUUAAACUCACCUACAAGCAGCUCUCACAAAUCAAAACUGCAUAUAUAUCGAAAUUAUUGAAUCAAUUUAAAGACACAUUUGAAAAACCAUUGGUACAAUUAUAUAAGGAAACAAUCAGUGAAGCAAACAAUAUCUAUUUUUCAGCGAGAGCAGACAAGAAACGUUUGUUGAAGGAAAAGUUGAGAAAUUCAGUGCGUCGCAAGUUGAGUGGAUUGGAAACACAUUUCCAAGAUUUGAUAUUCGUUCGUAAUGCAUUGCAACACGCCGUCGAAGAACCAAGUCGUUUGGAUCCAGAGGUUGUCGACGAGGCAUGGCAGCGUCUGCUCAACCGUUCCGACAUUAUGGAUCCCGACAAUUUGGCACGUGACCUCAUGUCCGACGAAUACAACGAUUUCGGUCAGGAGUACGAGUACGCCGAGAACUACAUCACUCAACUCUCGAUGAUUCCCUACGAUUUCAGAAAUCCAAAGUCAUUCAACUCUCUCGUUGAACUCUAUGACAAAUUCAUUGAGGAAAUCGACGGUGGUAAUGGAAAUGUUGGUGUUAGCAGCGAGUUGACUGUUGAACAAGUAGAGUUUGAACGUUCCAUUGAUCAACUUCGUCAGUUGGCAGUGGAGUCAUCGCCAGCGCAACUCGAGAGUUUCCUCGCUGUCAAGUUGGCCGGUGGCAAUCUCAUUGAGAUUCCACAGUCGAUUAAACAGGAUUUCACAGCCAGCAGAGUUAUCCCUUCGCUUACAGAGACUUUGAAGCAGAGAUUCCUCGAGGAGGUCGAGAGCAUGGGUGGAGAGAAUGGCGAGGCUGAGGAUGAAGACUUUGCUGAGGACAGACCCCAGAUUGAGAAUCCAGACAGUGAACUUGCACCAGCCAAACCAGAGAGCUUGACUGCUUCUCAGCGAACAAACCGUCGUCUCCAAGAGAAAUACGAGUUGUUGCUUGCUGAUAUUCAAGACAAGACAAUGCGUGCUGAAGACACACCGGCCAAGAGCAUUGGCGCUGCCGUCGAUGCCAACGAGAUGCUCGCACUCUCCAAGAAACAAUUGACUGGAAUCCAAUACGACGAGCAAAAGUUUAUGGAUAUCGCUCAUCCAGAGGACAAGGUUGUUGAAGAGGGUGCAGAGGAGAAACAAGAGGAGACACCUGCUGCAGCCGAUGCCGCCGCUGUUGAAGAGUCAGCGCCAGUUCUCACAAAGAAACAAUUGGCACAACAAAACUUGGAUAGACUCGUCAAGAAUCGUGAUGAGCUACUGGCCAAGGGUAUUCCAUUGGUUGACAUUGAAUUCGCCAUUGAACAAGCCAAGUAUGAUUUGGAAUCGAACGAAGUCGACGACGAACUGGUCGACAUGGAUGACGACGAAGACGAGUUGAAGAUGGACGACGACCACGAUGACGACGAACAAGAUGCCGAGGAGGUAGAGGAGGAAGAAGAUCUCGAAGACGAUGAAGAUUUCGAAGGAGACGAAGAGGAUGAACCACUCAAUGAGCAACUCGACCAGCUGCCAGACUUCAAAACACUCUCCUCCAAGUUGAUGGAAUCGGAGAUCAGCGAUCUCUCGAGAAUCGCCAAGAAGUUCUACGGUCAACCGAUGAAUGAGAAAACCGCAUCCGAUGUACUCGAGGAGUUGUUCCAAUCGCACAUGAAGACCCGUGAAUUCGAUAAGGAUCUAGUCAAGCACGAUUACGAUGUGCUCAGAGAGGCACACGGUGAUGUCCACAUGCCAUCGUCCGUUCAAUUCCAAUACGACACUGGAUUCAGAGAUCUUGUCGAUCGUGACGUCAUCUUUAAGAUGCCAUUGAAGGAUACCGAUCUUGUCAGAGUCUUGACUCACCAACUCUCAGAGUUUGGAUUGGUCAACCAAAACAAGGUUCUCAAGGAUGCACCCGACAACAUUCCAGUGCCAAGAAGCAUCGUCGAGGCUGAAUCAAACGAUGGUCUCUUCCCAGACAUCUUGGAUCACAUCGAUGAAGCAAGAGAAAUUGGACUUGGUUCUAAAGCAAGACAACAACAACAGAAAUCAAAUAAUAAUGAAAAUAAUAAUAAUAAUAACACAACUUCAUCAUCAUCAUCAACAUCAUCAACUUCAUCAGGAUCAACUUUAUCAUCAUCACCUUCAACAAAGAAUAAUAAUAACAACAACAAUAAUGUCCAAUCAAAUAGUAAUAUUAAUAAUUUCAAUAACACUGAUGCAAUCUAUGAUUCCAAACGUUUAUACACUGAAUUGGUACCAAUUUUCGAUGAUAGCGGUGUUGUUACUUUGCCACCAAAGUCAGACUUGAGAAAGAAGGUUGCUCCAGAUGGAAAGGAUAGUAUUAAGGGUGCCUCUGGUAUCUCAAAGAAGGAUUUCCAUUCGAAUGAUCUCUGGUUGAUGGGUAAGCCAUUCGAUAUCUCCAAGUAUCGUUUGGGUGGCCAGGAGAACCCGUUGCCAUACUACCGUUUCGGUCAGCCAUUGGAAUUCACAGAGGACGACGAAGAUCCCGCACCACCACCCGAUGCCUCGCUCUUUGACGACAUCGAGACCUACCGUUACUUCCAGGAGGGUCGUGGUGAAGAGUGGUUCGGUCCCGAGAAGGUCGGUGACAAGCACAUCGACCCGCUCAACCAGACGAUGCGUUGGUACCCACGUGAACACCUGCCAACCUACCCAUUCCAAUUCGAAAUUUCACACAACACUCAAGAUCAGUAUGCCGAAGAUUUCUGGUCCAAUCGUAAGGUUGUGAUGCGUGUCAACAUCGCUGCACUCAACUUGCCAGAGGUCGUCGAACAACGUCUCAUCGAGCUCACCUACAACCGUUUCGACACUGAGAAGCGCGUCUUGACUCUGGUAGCCAACAACCACAAGUCGCAAGACGAAAACAAACACCAAUGCAAAUCGCUCUUCAAAAACCUCUUGCACGAAGCUUACCUUGCCGAUCCAAACUUUGUCUCGGUCAGAACCGACAACUACAAGCCAGACUCGAACGUCUCAACCUUUGUACCAUCCAAGUCCGCCAAGAAACUCGAAAAAUUCAACCUACUUCGUUUGACCGGUUGGAAUACCGCUCAAGAACAAAAGAUCAAACAAGAUGCACUUGAUAAAUUAAAAUCAUUACUAUAA